GUCCUCUUAGAUGGGUCUCUUUUCCCCUGAUCGUUCCCAGCCCGCACCGUUCGCGACGGCCACACAGGCACGACCUCCCCGACAGAGUCGCCCUGCUGAUGACGCACCGCACUCACCUCCCGCCGCUCCGCGCGUUCCAGUUCCCGCUCGCCACUCACCUCCGUCACACUUGCUCUCCUUCCCCUCCACCACCUCGCCUCUCGCCAGCUCCCGUACCCCGAUGGCCGACGCCGCUUCGCGCCCGCGCGUUCGGCGAAUCCAUCCGCGGAGGCGCCGAGCCCCCUGGCUCCACCCUCGACGCGCUCCUCUCGGGCGCGGAGCUGCUCUGCCUCGCGCCGCCCGCCAUCUGCUCUGCGGUUUGCGCCGUCCGCCUUAUCGUCGCGCGGGGCGGCUCAGUCAAGCCAUUCGCUGCUGUAGCGAGUGGGAGGAUGUUCGUCUUGCAGUACGUUCUCUUGGUGGGGGCGGUGGCGGUCGGGGUGCUGGUCCGGCGGAAGCAAUGGGAGCGACUUUGCCGGGUGGGCGCGGGCGGCAGCGCAUCGGCCACAGGUGGUGUGGAUUUGGUGGGGAGGGUCGAGAAGGUGGAGGAGAGCGUGCGGGUUGUGUUGGCGGCCGUUGUAGUGCUGUCGAGAACAGUGGAGAAGCUCGGCGUCAGGUUUAGGGUGCUGCGGAGGACGGUGACGGAUCCUAUCAGUGAGUCACAUAUAUGUAUCUACAUGUUCAGAAAGGUGCUAAACAUAAGCAUGGCUACUACCUUUAAUGCAUUAGUAAUACCUGGUCCACUAAAUGCGACCAGAGAUCAGUUCAAGGAAUCCCACCUCCCUCCAGGCCUGACAGCAACAUUAGCCGAAAAGAAUUCAGAAGCCACUCGAAUACUAGCAGCGCAAGGAAAUCUUCUCGAGAAAGAAAUUGGUUCGAUACAAAAGGUUCUAUACGCGAUGCAGGUGACAUCUCUCACCAACUUUUUACAGACAAGAACAACAAGAAAAGCAACUUGAGCUAAUCCUUGCAAUUGGGGAAGCAAGUAGGAUAUUAGAUGAGCAGGACUUCUUAGGCCAGGAAACUGCUAUAUCUUCCAGUUCAGCUCCAGAUUAUGCAAAUAUAAGGGACCCGAAUAUCCAUGGAACAUCAGAUUUUUAGGCACGGCAAAUCGAAUGUCUUUUUUUGGCAAUUUACGUUGGCGCAAGGAUGGCAAUUAAACUUACCACCCUCGGCAAACAUAAUUUGCCAUGAAAAACGUUUGAUUUGCUAUGCCUAAAAAUCUGACGUCAGUCUUUUUUAGCAUUUCAAAAUAUAAAAGCUGAAACACUUGCAGGCGGCAAUAAAAACCCUGAUUUCAUUUGCCGAAACAGAAGCUAUAGAAGCGUCAUAAGCCUCUGCAGUAAGGUUUUGUACCAUCCAAAUAGUGAAGAGGAAUAGAUGAUUAAAGUGGUUCCCUGACGAAUAAAAUCACUGCUUUGAACAGUAAGCUGCCAGCAAUAUUUUGAUAUGCUCUUUGUAAACACAGGAGACGCAGAAUAAAUACACCAUAACGUGUGAUAUGUGCAGAGCAAA